UGUCGCAUUGCAUACACUACAUCAUACCCCCCUCCCAAUCCACGUUAGCCUCGUCAUAUUAUCGUACUGAAAAGCCACCGCAGCCACUCGAAAGUGCAAGUCGUCAUUAAAAGAAAAAAAAAAAAAAAAAGAAUUAUGGAGAAUCUACUCUCCCUCGCGUUCGAUAAUCUCUCUUCCUACGACAGCUCCAAAAUUCGCAAGGGUCUACGUCAGGUCGAGGGUUUACUGGCCAAUAUCUGCUUAUCGCGGUCCCAGGGUAAAGAACGCCGCGGCUCCGUCGUUUCGCAGCAUGAUGACCAGGAAACGCUGCCCCCCAAAACCCUCCAGGAGAUCACCGACGACCCGGCUUUUUACGAGUUCUUCAAGCUGCAGGAAGGAUUCGAAUGGAACGUCGCUAUGCGCCUAGUUAACACCCUCGACCGCCUCCUAGCUAGAGGCGGUGACGGUUCUAAUGACCUUCUCAUCUUAAGCGCUUUGGAUUUGGUUCAAGGUGUCAUGCUCUUACACCCUCCGAGCAAGGCUCUAUUCUCGCGCGAGAUGCAUAUGAACCUCCUCCUCGACCUCCUCGAACCUGACUUCUGCCCGGCAAUCCAAUCCGCGACCAUCGUGACCCUCGUCACCGCGCUCAUCGAUGCGCCGCGCAACACGCGCACCUUCGAGGCCCUCGACGGCCUGCUGACCAUCACCUCGCUGUUCCGCAACCGGUGCACGAGCCGCGACGUCAAGCUCAAGCUCGUCGAGUUCCUCUACUUCUACCUCAUGCCCGAGGUCCCCUCCAUCCCCAGCGCCCGCGCCGCUGCCGCCGCCGCCCACGACCCCGCCGCUGUCCUCCCCCCCUUGCUCCAGGCGCGCAGCCCCAGCAAGCUCGCCAAGGCUUUCGCUUUCGCCGGCGUCGGGAAAGGGGCCGCGGACGGCGCCGCGCGCCCGAGGUCGUCGUCUGCCGGCGUUGGGGACACGCGGUCCCAGGAGGAGAAGCAGGCCCUGCUCGGUCGCCAUCUGAACAGCGUCCAGGAGCUGGUCGAGGACUUGCGGCUGAAUACGCCGUUUGGGGGUGUUGUGGUCUAGUCGGGGCGGGCUCGAGGCUGAGACGAGACGAGACACAUUUAAAUAGUCGUUAUUCUGUUGCGAAAUGGUCCAUUUUCGGGGAGUUAAGGAGUGUGGUUAUGCUCGGCUGAAACGUGCUUGAUCCCGAUUUUUUUUUUAUCGGGACAAAUUUGGCUGCGAUACCUAGUGGAAUGAAUUAGGUACGUUUUUAAGGAGUAGAUGAUAGUAAUUGU